CCCCCUCCUCGACAGCGCUGAGAGAACAGGCUCAGCGUCGCGCCCGGAAAGCCUCAGACAUGGUGUCGUGAUUCAGUCCUUCUGCGAAUCCAGUCGCUACCUCAAAACCCCCCCGCGCUACGCGAAGCUUGACAUCUGGCCUUCACCUCCUGGAUUCACUCGAACAUGCACUUCGCCAUGCCGCCUCGCAAGUCGUCGCGCCCUCCACCGUACGCCAUGCGCAACUCACGCUCUUUCAAUCUGCCUCGAGCCUUUCGGCGGCGCGACUAUCGAUUUUUAGCCAUCCUCAUCGCGGGCUGCUUCAGCAUCAUAUGUUUCCUCACCUACAUGUUUUCUUCGGGUGGGUCGUCGGCCGACUACAUACCCGCUGGGUCAGCACCGGUGGUCAUAGUGACUGUCUUCCCGAUGAGUGCAGAAGCGGAAUUCGUGGAGAAGAUCAAGAAGAACAGGAAUGAUUACGCGAUGCGACAAGGCUACGCAACCUUCUUUGCCAGUGCUACUGACUACCGUUCCCUCCUCAAUGAUCAGCCUCUCACCUGGAGUAAAGUUCCUGCCGUCCGCCAUGCCAUGACCAAAUACCCGGGGGCCUCCUUCGCCUGGUAUCUGGAGCCUACGGCCCUUAUAAUGAAUCAAGAACUGUCAUUAAUCGACCACAUAAUGAAUAAGGAGCGCCUUGAGUCACUGAUGAUCACCAAUGAGCCGGUUGUGCCGCCAGACAGCGUCAUCCGGACCUUUGAUCACCUCAAAGGCGAUCGUAUAGAUUUUGUCAUUUCACAGGACCAUGAUGGUCUCUCGCAAUCCAGCUUCAUUGUGAGGAGGGGCGAGUGGGCGAAGUAUUUCUUGGACGCGUGGUUCGACCCGUUGUACCGGAGUUAUAAUUUUCAGAAGGCUGAAGGGCACGCGCUAGAGCAUAUAGUGCAAUGGCAUGGUACUAUCCUAGCCAAACUCGCCCUCGUCCCCCAGCGAACCUUCAACUCGUAUACCAUCGACACAACCGGCAACAACGCCAAGGGCAUGUACCAGGAUAAAGAUUUCGUCGCCAACUUCCCCAAGUGCGACGCAGAGCGACCGAACUGCUUAGAACUCAUGGAGCCCUACUUCGAAAGACUAGACGGUGGGAAGAAGAGUGAAUGAAGACAUAUACCGCCCAAACUAUCAAUAACACGACAGUAUCACCCAGCAAGACGCUAGUGUGAGAGAGGCAGAGGGGCCGGGCAUACACGUUCCGGCGUCCCGGCGGUGACGGAACACGACUGCGAUCAGGGCUAAGCCCCUGCGACACGCAAAUGUAGAACUACGAUGGAAAAGCGAAGCUCAUUUCCGACGGCGUUUUAUGGAGUUUUUUUUUUUUUUUGGCGGAACACAUACGGCACGCGUUUAUAGCUGUUGCGGCCCGCAUGGGGCUAUGUACUAAAGAAAUGUCUUUAUUUACUUUGGGGCGUCUAUAGUUUUGGCCAUAUAUGCCCGUUGGGGCUUUCCGACU